CCGGAAACAGAGGAGAGGGAGCCUGGAGCCGGAAGCCGCGGGGCGGGUGGUGGCGCUCCCGGAAGUGGCGCGGACGUCGCGUGCGUCUGAGCGGUGCGUCGGGCUGCAGGAGAAGAUGGCGGUCUCCACAGGCGUUAAAGUUCCUCGUAAUUUUCGUUUGUUGGAAGAACUUGAAGAAGGACAGAAAGGAGUAGGCGACGGUACGGUCAGCUGGGGCCUGGAAGAUGAUGAAGACAUGACACUCACAAGGUGGACAGGCAUGAUCAUUGGGCCACCACGGACAAAUUAUGAGAACAGAAUAUAUAGCUUGAAAGUAGAAUGUGGACCUAAAUACCCAGAAGCUCCUCCAUCAGUUAGAUUUGUAACCAAAAUUAAUAUGAAUGGAAUAAAUAAUUCCAGUGGAAUGGUGGAUGCACGAAGCAUACCAGUGUUAGCAAAAUGGCAAAAUUCAUAUAGCAUUAAAGUUGUACUUCAAGAGCUAAGACGUCUAAUGAUGUCCAAAGAAAAUAUGAAGCUUCCACAGCCACCAGAAGGACAAACAUACAACAAUUAAUUUUAGUGGAUCUCAAACUUGUCUUAAAUCAGCAACCUUCUACUCAUGUUAAUGUCUUGAUUAAAUAUCACAAUGCAAAAUACCCACACAUUAAAGUAAGAUAAUUCCAGCUGGUAAACAUGACCUGGACAUUUGUAAGAAUAUAUUUAAUAUAUGUACACCCAUUAUGUUUUCAGGUAACAGGAAGAAAAUUCAGCAGUCUUUUCUUGUUAAGGCACCACCACUUAAGCACGCACCUGGAGUCCUCACUGGAGCUCAGGUUUGCAGGUGAGAGCACAGCAAGAAGUGUCGGCUGGCUGUGCAGGCAGGUGUGUUUCUGAUGAGAAAGCCGAGAAGGAAACUCGAGUGGCGUGCUCCAUCAUCUUGCUUAGAGAAAGAGCUUCAGUUGAAAUUGUCUAAAGUAGCAGGUACAAUGAAUAUUGUCACAAAAUGUGUUCAUUUUUGAAGCGGUAUGGGUGCUGACUACUAGUAGUAUCAAAAAUAUGUUCAGGAUUGUUUUGAUACCUGUAUUUAUAAUAAAAAAUGUUGUGGGGGAGGUGGAUGAAUUUCUGUUACAAGCUGUUCCUGUGUGUUCCAUGUAACAGAUGUGGUAAAUAUUUGUUUACAGUCUUUGUUGGACAGACCAUGCAUUUACGUUUAAAUGAAAUCAAAAAGGAAUUAGGUGUAUGGAUAUGUGAUUUGGAGAUUAAAGUUAGUCUUAAAUUGUAAAUAAAAUGUGGAAUGUGUCUUCAGAAA